GAUCGGAGCGAAAGUAUUAGAGAACGUGUUUUACUGCAUACAGCCGACUGGAACUUUGUUGGGUGACAGGACCUGAGCAGUAUCACAAACUGAGAACGCCAUGGCCACGUUGUACACAAUUCUAUGGAUAAUUGCAGGCACAUUACAGACGGCUACGGCAGGGACACGUCAUGGUACCCGCUAUACCGUGUACACAUUGGACAAAAAGCAAAGUGAAGCUCGUGUCUUCUGUGAAGAAAGGGGAGACAAUCUUCUCAGCUUUCAGUCUGAAGAGAAAUUGAACCGAUUCCUGGACAUCAGUAAACCUUGGCUCUCGAAACAGUUAUUAACUAACAGCUUCUGGGUUAGUUUAAAGAAGGACUCCUCGUCGUUUUUGUGGCAUGAUCGUACUGAAUAUAAAGACGACUAUUCUAAUCUUACUAUGAAAGUUAACCAGUCGGAAAAACAAUGUUUCGUUUUCUCACAAGAUGGGAAUGGAUUCGACCUGAUAGAGAAAGACUGCUUCGAUAAAACAUAUCAAGUUAUCUGUGAAAGAGACCUGGGCCUGUGUCCUUUUGAAGUCUUCUCGGACACAAAAUACAGGUCUAAUGCCAACAUCAUGAAAACUGAUGUCGGCAAACUUGAGAUGGAGACCUGUCAACGUCGUUGUCUAGAUCACAGUGUCAGCGGUGAGGAAUGCAUUGGUGUUGAGAGGGACGGUAACGGCACGUGUGAUCUACUGACAGGAGAUGAUGUUUCCCCUAAUUCUGUUCCCACAUCUGUGGAGUCUGGGACAACUCUUUCAAUUAAGAGGUGUUAUGAAGAACAUUUCGGUGGCAACCCGAGUCAAGCGACCAUGUUCACCUUGUACAGUUUUAAACUGACCUGGGACCAGACUCGGGCUUUCUGCGAAUACACCAAGCAACGCAUGAUCCAGCUGGACAGUCCAACGAAGCUUUCUGCCUUCAACGAUUUCCACAAGCAGUGGGUUGAUCGGGAACUUUUAUUCUCUUCCAUCUGGAUAGGCCUCCGUGACACAAACAUAAGUGGACUGGGAGCCUACAACUGGACGGACGAACAACCUAUUUCUACUGUAACCAGAUGGGGACGCAAAGAACCUAGGCAGUCCGAUACUGAACAAUGCAUUUUCCUGAGGAAAAAGAACCGUAGUUGGAGAUCUGCCGUGUGCUCCAGAAGGUACCAAGUCGCCUGCGAACAUUCAACAGAGGAAUGCAGUUUCAAUGAGACGACCAUGGCACCUGUGGAGACCCCGUCCAAUACAACGACAGGUGGCACCGAGAUGGAAUGUCAGCAGGAGUGUCGGACCCAGGCCUGGGAGGGCUUCGAAUGCUCGCUGUAUAUUUAUGAUGACGUGACCAGAAUGUGUAGUCUAUAUUCUGGCACACUCACCUUAGCAGCUUCUACAGGUCAAGCCAAGAAGAAAACCUGCUUCUUUGAAGACACCGUUUCACAUGAAAAUGUUGGUUACCGUUACUCUUUCUACGACGUGGAGUUUAAUAAACAGGACUCGGAUACAUUUUGCUUCCUUGUUGGAGAAGAACCAUUGAAUCUUACCGACAAUGCCAGAAAUAACUCUUUUGUGCAGGUUCUGAAGCAACAAACAGAGUUACCAAUCCAUGAUGAUAUCUGGGUGGAACUUGCACCGUCAGAGACGGCAAGCUGCAACGUCAUCACAACAGGUGCGACGCUCAACUCUACAACCAAGAACUGCAAUGGACUGGCACAACCAGUAUGUUUUACUGACAAAUUUGACUGUGUGUUUCGGAUUUACAAAGACGUGACUAUUCCUGGAGAGGAUUUUCUGCAUCUGCCCGGCUUGGGUCGUUCGCUCUGUAGGGACAUUUGCUCACGGCUGAAGUCCAGAAGCAAAAUUUGUGUGGGUCUGGAACAUGACAGGGGCACCGACUGCAGGCUGGUGAUGAGACAGCAGCUCCUGACACCUUCAUCUCCUGAUACUGUCAGCCGUUCUGGCAAUGAGUUACAUGUGGUAGAAUGCAACUUUGGUUCAUUUCUGAACCAAACAACUACAGCAAAGACAUUCAGUGUCCAUGGCAUACGUCUGAGCAGGGACGCAGCGACCGAGUUCUGCACACAGAUUGGAAGUCAGCCUCUUCAGCCAUACUCUAUUACGGAAUUGCCUGCCAUCUUUGACAUCUUGCAUUAUUGGCAGCACUUGAACUUCUUCGCGGAUUUGGAUCACGUUUGGACCAACGUGGAUCGUGUGAUGAUGGGACGAGUGGUCUCUCACCUUAUGUCUUUUGACGACACAGAGGGCGAUUCGUGUGUCGCCUUGAACCAUAUCAAAGCUACAUGGACGCCGUAUACUUGUGAAGCAGUUGGUUAUGUUGUAUGUCAAACUAUCGAUGGUAAAUGCAACAUGGAAGAUUUUCCUCUGAAGUCUCUUGCUGACAGAAGCAAUUCUCUGGAGGUGACGGCAGCCACUGCUGGUGCAUGUCAGGCAUGGUGCAUGGCCCUCGCAGCAUCGUUUAAGGAAUGUGUUGCGGCUGAAUUUGACACAUCAUCCUGCACUGUAUUCAUCAGUGACAGCGUGUAUGUAACAGACCUUCCUCAGAUGACAGCAUCAAGGACAGCUACAGUUUUCAUUCGAAGAUGUUUUUCGGUAUUAACACCAAAGAAAGUUGAACUGACAGCUUACAACUUCACCAUGUUCGACACGCCCGUGACCCAUGGUCAAGCGAUUGCCGCAUGCAGGAGGGAAGGCCUGGAAAUGAUAAAACUUGAUAACGAAUCGUCAUCUGCCUUAUCAAUGGUGUAUGACAGGUCCAAGACGUCAUGGCUUGGUCUGGAGCAAAUGCCCAUUCCACAAGGAGCGGCCACCUGGACAGAUGGGAGCCAAGUCUCAUGGACAAACUGGGCUCCACAGGGGUUUCCUGUACCUGGCCAGUGUGUUGUUCUAAAUAGCACUGCCCUCAACUUCAGAUGGACAAUGGAUAACUGCAGCAAUAACAAUUAUGCCUUGUGUGGGAACAGCAAAGGUGUAUGCCAGUAUGAUUACUAUCCUGGUCAAAAGCUACCCAACACAAUGAUACACAUUUCAAGUAUAACGGAAACAAAGUGUAAAGCCAGCUGUACUGACGUUCUCUACAACAACACAGUGUGUCGAGGUGUUAGCAUAAACGAUGGUCGCUGUCUACUGGACUUGGGCCAGGAUAUAUAUUACUCCAUACCAGCUCUUGUGAACGCCGUAUCAUAUGACACAUAUAUUCGUGUCUGUCACAGAGUGAAGGAACUUCCCUACACCCAACAAAAGACUACUUUGUCAUCCUCACUGGUAGAAGAAAACUCCUCGAAUCUAGAACCUACUACCCAUUCUUUAUUGAUGGGACAACCUGCAGAUACUGCUAUUGUCGUCACUGGUUCAUCUGUAGUCGCCGGUGCAUCUGUAGUCACUGGUUCAUCUGUAGUCGCCGGUGCAUCUGUCGUCACUGGUUCAUCUGUAGUCGCCGGUGCAUCUGUCGUCACUGGUUCAUCUGUAGUCGCUGGUCCAUCUGAAGUCGCCAGUGCAUCUGUAGUCGCCGGUGCUACUGUCGUCACUGGUUCAUCUGUAGUCGCCGGUGCUACUGUCGUCACUGGUUCAUCUGUAGUCGCCGGUGCUACUGUCGUCACUGGUUCAUCUGUAGUCGCCGGUGCAUCUGUCGUCACUGGUUCAUCUGUAGUCGCCGGUGCAUCUGUCGUCACUGGUUCAUCUGUAGUCGCCGGUGCUACUGUCGUCACUGGUUCAUCUGUAGUCGCCGGUGCUACUGUUGUCACUGGUUCAUCUGUAGUCGCUGGUCCAUCUGAAGUUGCUGGUCCAUCUGUAGUCGCCGGUGCUACUGUCGUCACUGGUUCAUCUGUAGUCGCCGAUGCUACUGUCGUCACUGGUUCAUCUGUAGUCGCCGGUGCUACUGUCGUCACUGGUUCAUCUGUAAUCGCUGGUCCAUCUGAAGUUGCUGGUCCAUCUGUAGUCGCUGGUCCAUCUGUAGUCGCUGGUCCAUCUGAAGUUGCUGGUCCAUCUGUAAUCGCUGGUGCAUCUGUAAGCGCUGGUCCAUCUGAAAUUGCUGGUUCAUCUGUAGUCGCUGGUGCAUCUGUUAAAACUGUUUCAUCUGGACCUACUGAUGCCACAACUAAUACUGUGAAUGGGGGAAACAGUUCUAACAGUGUUUGGAUCAACGAGAAUGGACGAAUCGUUCGCUCAGUGUGUGUGUGCCGAUGCAGAGUGCAGUUGCCAGAGACACGGCUGUUGAUGUCCGAAAAGAUAAAGGUUCUUCGGGAGGAUCUGAUUGUGAUGAGGAGCAACGUAUCUUCCUUCCGCCGUUCCAAGACCUCUGCCGUAAAUAAAAAGGCAACAGUGGUUGCAGUAGGAAGCGGACUGGGCAUCAGUAUUUUUGCCAUGAUGUUUGUUACCCUGCUUAUUCUGGACUUCACUAACGUCUGUAGAAUGAUUUCUAGGAAUAUUCAUACACAUUCCCGUGUUUCGCAGCGCUAAGAUUAUUAUAUAUACUGAGUCAAAUUAAAAACUUCACAUUUUUAAAA